AGUAACCAUGCACAGCAAACACAGACACAGGCUGUACAAGAGGCAGACAGCAGCUCGGUAGGCAUUGGCAGGCAUUCAGAUUCUAUUGACCGGUGACAGGAAGAUAAGAUGCUAAUCAUCAUCAUCAUCUAUAUUCUGCAUUUCCAAGGUUAUGUGGUCUGCAAUGGAUGGACAGCACAGAUACCCCCGUCUGUAGAUGCACUGGAGAAUUCCUGCGUGGUUGUGUCCUGCACUUAUGAGUAUCCCAACACAGACGGCAAAACAAUUACUAUCUGGCGGCCAUCUUGGUCUCUCAAUGGGAGGAGGAUUUACAGGAGCGACACCACCGCGAAGAAUGAGAAAGGUUCUCAGAACCACACUUCAAUGCCAGGAAAUAUAAAGGAAAAUAACUGUUCACUUCAAAUAGAUAGUGUGAGACAAGCUGAUGCUGGCCCAUAUUUGUUUAGAAUUGAGAUGCCAGAGUUGGAUAACUAUUCAUAUAAACAUAAUAAAGCAAAAAUUACUGUGAAAGUUAAGCCUGACCCUCCAUCAUUAAAGGAAGUGAGAUCAGGAAAUAAUGUAAUAGUUUCCUGUUCCGUGUCUCAUUCCUGUCCUCCUCACCCUCCCACCAUUACCUGGAGUCGUGAUGGCACGAUCACCGUCCAAUCAGUGCCACCGACAGGGGGACUACAUAAACUAACCUCCAACCUGACCUUUUCAGUCGACACCUUGGACCACCAACAGCCAAUCAUAUGCUCUGUACAGCAUCAUGGUGGAAAGAAAUCCAACAGGUCUAUCAACAUCACAGCAGGAAAUUCUGGAAGUAUACCAGACGACCGGGAUGUAAAUGACAAGAAACAUGAUGUUGUCCACACAACACAGGCACCAGCGAGCGAGGAGGAAGACUCUGUUCCAACAGUUGCUCCUGAAGAAACAACACUGCUUCCCACCGCAGCAUCCCUUGGACAAGAAGGUCCUCUCAUCAAAAUCAUAUCUGUGGUAGUACCUCUUUUGAUUAUUGCCAUUGCCAUUGCCAUGCUGGUGGGAUUUAAAUUCUACAGGAAACAUAAGCGAAAACAGAACACACAACCUAACCUAUAUGCAGACAAAAACAGGACUGGCGAUAGGCCGUGUCUGGAGAUGUCUGACGAGGUGUACGCCAACACUGAAGUGAUUACGGCUGGCAAAGAUGUUGGCGAUGAGGACGAUAUCUAUGCAAACACUGAGUUUCUGGAGAGCAAAAAUCCAGCAAUAUGGAUGAAUCAUGGACUUGGAUCUGCUACAGAGCCAGAUGAAGACAUUUAUGCCAACAUGUAGUCGGAGAGGGGAACUGAGAAAUAGAGAGAGAGAGAGAGAGAGAGAGAGAGAGAGACAUUGUGCUGUGCAUCUGGACAGAUAGUAGUGAUCCUGAACAUGAUGAACUGAAGAUGAGUCCAAAUAUAAAUUAUAUUGCCAAAGUGCCUGAGAGGGAAACUACCCUGCUGGCCAAAUAUAUGCCAAGCAUAUAUCAGCUUGGCUUUUUAGACUUUUAUGAUACAUGGCAGGUUGUGCUUUAUUAAUUGCACAAUCUGACCAGAGAUGAUAAUAUAUCAACUUUUUAAAAAAUAUUUUGCUCUUCUAUACCCUACUGUAUGUAGACCUGUGUAUACGUACUGUAAUGGGCCAUGGUAUCAGAUACCCUUCCUUUAAAGCCGUGGCUUCUAAAUGUUUAAUCAAUUGGGUGCACGCCUUUGAUGUUGAGAGUACUUGCUUAUUGGGCUGCUUAAUGAGAGGGUCCUAGAUUUUAUUUCUUUCAUUUGCUUGCCUAUUUGAAACAGUUAUACCUGCAGCAACCAAUCAAUGGACACCCCACAGAUAAGCUGAGCAUAUGCCCGCUGUGAUGUGCCUCGUCCUGACUGGAGAAAGAGGGAGCUAAAGUUACCUUGCAGAACAUUGAUAUUCAAGACCUGUUUUGCUGUGCCAUUAGAAGUAAAGCACUGUAAACAAAGCUUUGGCUGUUUAGUUCAGGGAACAUAUGUUAGUGAUUAAUACAAUAACUGAUAUGUAUCUGUAUUAGUGGUCAAUAACAUCUGCAGUGAGCAUAAAUAAUUAUCUAAUAGGCCAUUAUUCACCAAUAGUUUAUAUAUCUUAUAUACCAUUUAUUCUGGAUACAUUGUUGCAUAACUAACUAGCUGGUCCUGUAAGCUUACUAAUAUAUAAUUGAUUAUUAAGAAUUUGCCGAGAGUACAUUACUAGUGCAAUCAGAGUAAGACAUUUAGGGAUGAAGGCCUAAUAGUUUAUUAAUAUAUCUUAUAUACCAUUUAUUCUGGGUACAUUGUUGCAUAACUAAUUAGCUGGUCCUGUAAGCUCACUAAUAUAUAAUUGAUUAUUAAGGAUUUGCCGAGAAAACAUUGCCAGUGCAAUCAGAGUGGAAUUGGGGAAUAAAGGCCUAAUAAAUUAUUAAUGAUUCUUAAUGCAGACUUUAUUGGCCACUGAUACAGACGCAUAUUAGAUAUGUGUUAAUGGAUAAUGUAUGUUUCCUAAAAUGAAGUAGCCUAUUACCGACUGUGGUAUGGAAUUAUGGGAAAUGUGAUGAGAUGUGGGAAAACCCAUCACCUGAUGAACAAAAAUUUCUACUCUGUUUCAACCGACUUCAGAUUCUGAUACCAUCCUAGCAACAUCGUGGAUACCGUCCCUACAAACAUCCCGGAUACCAUCCUCACAAAAUCCUGGGGGUUGCUAGUCUGGCUAUCACCAUACUAAACUCAAUCUUUUAAGAUUGAAUAUUAGUCCGGGGAGUCUGCGAUUCAUUUUUACUGCACAAGAGGCGUGAUCAAUGGGCAUAGUUCAAAUGAUUCCAUUUGGAUAGUUCUUCAACCGAUCAGACGAUCAGCCGAUAGACCGAUCAACGAUCCGGGUGCGCCUUUUGGAUAAGCUAGUUUGUGAUUGGACCCAGAAGAUGUGGACAGGAAGCAGGAGAGAUGGAUGUGCAGGUUUUCAGCCUGAGCUGCAGAGCGAAAUCCAAAUCGCCGGCAGAUCAGGCAGGGUUUACCCAGCCUAGGGUGUUGCUAGGGUGGCAUCAGAAUCAUGUUGAUGAAAUGUCACCAUGUACUGGGCUUUCCUAGGUCCCAUCACAAAUAUAUGACCUGGAUUCCAUAUAUGGAUUUCAUUGUUUACAACAUUUGUUUAUGUUUAUAAAUUUGUUUCUUAGCAGACGCGUUUGUCCAAAGCAACAUGCAACUAUUUGUAAGAUUUCAUUAAAUACCUUCCACUGUGAUCGACCUAAUAAACACAUAUACCAUUUAUUUACCAUUUUCCCACUGUGAUUGACCUAAUAAACACAUAUAC